UCUCUCUCUCUCUCUGUGUAAUUUACAUGUUAUUCAAUGUCUCUCUCUCUCUCUCGCUCUCUGUGUAAUUUACAUGUUAUUCAAUGUCUCUCUCUCUCUCUGUCAUGGAUCCCCCCAGUACUGCUGCUCAUUCUGUUCACCAGUUCCUGAGGUCGACGUCACCGGCCUUCUAGGCUUCACUGAACGGGAUUCAUUAUCAUCAACCCCGGACUGUCUUGUCUGAUUACACACAACCUGGUUCCCAUUUCCCCUGAUUAGUCUGUUAUAUACGUGCCCUCUGUUCCCCAUUGUCCUUGUCGGUUAUUGUUCCCAUGUCCGUUGGUCGUGUGAGUACCUAUGUGUUGUUUCAGCUUCUGUGCUGCGUGUUUUGUGUAUCACGGGUAUCGUCCCGUGUCGUUCUACGAGGUUUACCCUCGCUCUUUUGUUUGGGUACAUUCCAGUGUUUUGUAUACGUGUUUUUUGUGUAUUCCUGCGCCCGUCUCCAAAUCCUUUAUACCGGCGUGACACUCUCUCUGUGUAAUGGACAUGUUAUACAAUGUAUCCCUCUCUCUCUGUGUAAUUUACAUGUUAUACAAUGUCUCCCUCUCUCUCUGUGUAAUGGACAUGUUAUACAAUGUCUCCCUCUCUCUCUGUGUAAUGGACAUGUUAUACAAUGUCUCCCUCUCUCUCUGUGUAAUGGACAUGUUAUACAAUGUCUCCCUCUCUCUCUGUGUAAUGGACAUGUUAUACAAUGUAUCCCUCUCUCUCUGUGUAAUGGACAUGUUAUACAAUGUAUCCCUCUCUCUCUGUGUAAUGGACAUGUUAUACAAUGUCUCCCUCUCUCUCUGUGUAAUGGACAUGUUAUACAAUGUCUCCCUCUCUCUCUGUGUAAUGGACAUGUUAUACAAUGUCUCCCUCUCUCUCUGUGUAAUGGACAUGUUAUACAAUGUCUCCCUCUCUCUCUGUGUAAUGGACAUGUUAUACAAUGUCUCCCUCUCUCUCUGUGUAAUGGACAUGUUAUACAAUGUCUCCCUCUCUCUCUGUGUAAUGGACAUGUUAUACAAUGUCUCCCUCUCUCUCUGUGUAAUUUACAUGUUAUUCAAUGUCUCCCUCUCUCUCUGUGUAAUUUACAUGUUAUACAAUGUCUCCCUCUCUCUCAGUGUAAUGGACAUGUUAUACAAUGUCUCCCUCUCUCUCUGUGUAAUUUACAUGUUAUACAAUGUCUCCCUCUCUCUCAGUGUAAUGGACAUGUUAUACAAUGUCUCCCUCUCUCUCUGUUUAAUGGACAUGUUAUACAAUGUCUCCCUCUCUCUCUGUGUAAUGGACAUGUUAUACAAUGUCUCCCUCUCUCUCUGUGUAAUUUACAUGUUAUUCAAUGUCUCUCUCUGUGUUCAGCGGGGCCAGGUGAUGACUAUACAGACUAUGUGGCUACUCGGUGGUACCGGGCUCCAGAGCUCCUGGUGGGUGAUACUCAGUACGGAGCCCCAGUGGACCUCUGGGCGCUGGGCUGUGUAUUCGCCGAGUUACUCCAUGGAAAUCCUCUCUGGCCUGGACGCUCCGACGUCGACCAGCUCUACCUCAUCAGACGCACUCUAGGUGACCUGAUCCCUCGUCACCAGCAAGUGUUCCGAUCCAACGUGUUCUUCAGCGGAGUCAGUAUCCCCGAGCCUGACACCACGGAGCCCCUGGAGAAACGCUUCCAUGGUGUAUCCUCUCACGCUCUCACUGUCAUGAAGUCAUGCCUGGUGAUGGACCCGUUGUUGCGUCUGUCCUGUGAGGAGCUGUUGGAGCUGCCAUACUUUCAGGAAGAGGGCGGAGCCAGCUGGGGCCGCGAGGGGGAUUGUCCCGGGAGACGCCAUGACAACAAAAACUCCAGACGACGACAGGUCGGGCCGCAGUACCUUCCUCAGCUCCCCAGCAACAACAUCUCUCCUGCUCCAGAGACCAAGAAACAGAACAAACACAGAUACACAGACCAUCACCUGCCCAACAUCUAGAGAGAGGAGAAGCACCUGUCCAACAUCUAGAGAGGAGAAUCACCUGUCCAACAUCUAGAGAGAGGAAUCACCUGUCCAACAUCUAGAGAGAGGAGAAUCACCUGUCCAACAUCUAGAGAGGGGAAUCACCUGUCCAACAUCUAGAGAGGAGAAACACCCGUCCAACAUCUAGAGAGAGGAGAAUCACCUGUCCAACAUCUAGAGAGGAGAAACACCUGUCCAACAUCUACAGAGGAGAACACCUGUCCAACAUCUAGAGAGGAGAAUCACCUGUCCAACAUCUAGAGAGGAGAAACACCUGUCCAACAUCUAGAGAGGAGAAACACCUGUCCAACAACUAGAGAGGAGAAACUACUGUCCAACAUCUAGAGAGGAGAACCACCUGUCCAACAUCUAGAGAGAGGAGAAUCACCUGUCCAACAUCUAGAGAGAGGAGAAUCACCUGUCCAACAUCUAGAGAGGAGAAACACCUGUCCAAGAUCUAGAGAGGAGAAACACCUGUCCAACAUCUAGAGAGAGGAGAAACACCUGUCCAACAUCUAGAGAGGAGAAUCACCUGUCCAACAUCUAGAGAGGAGAAACACCUGUCCAACAUCUAGAGAGGAGAAACACCUGUCCAACAUCUACAGAGGAGAACACCUGUCCAACAUCUAGAGAGGAGAAUCACCUGUCCAACAUCUAGAGAGGAGAAACACCUGUCCAACAUCUAGAGAGGAGAAACACCUGUCCAACAACUAGAGAGGAGAAACUACUGUCCAACAUCUAGAGAGGAGAAUCACCUGUCCAACAUCUAGAGAGAGGAGAAUCACCUGUCCAACAUCUAGAGAGAGGAGAAUCACCUGUCCAACAUCUAGAGAGGAGAAACACCUGUCCAAGAUCUAGAGAGGAGAAACACCUGUCCAACAUCUAGAGAGAGGAGAAACACCUGUCCAACAUCUAGAGAGGAGAAUCACCUGUCCAACAUCUAGAGAGGAGAAACACCUGUCCAACAUCUAGAGAGGAGAAUCACCUGUCCAACAUCUAGAGAGGAGAAGCACCUGUCCAACAUCUAGAGAGGAGAAACACCUGUCCAACAUCUAGAGAGGAGAAUCACCUGUCCAACAUCUAGAGAGAGGAGAAUCACCUGUCCAACAUCUAGAGAGGAGAAACACCUGUCCAACAUCUACAGAGGAGAACACCUGUCCAACAUCUAGAGAGGAGAUACACCUGUCCAACAUCUAGAGAGGAGAAACACCUGUCCAACAUCUAGAGAGGAGAAACACCUGUCCAACAACUAGAGAGGAGAAACUACUGUCCAACAUCUAGAGAGGAGAAUCACCUGUCCAACAUCUAGAGAGAGGAGAAUCACCUGUCCAACAUCUAGAGAGAGGAGAAUCACCUGUCCAACAUCUAGAGAGGAGAAACACCUGUCCAAGAUCUAGAGAGGAGAAACACCUGUCCAACAUCUAGAGAGAGGAGAAACACCUGUCCAACAUCUAGAGAGGAGAAUCACCUGUCCAACAUCUAGAGAGGAGAAACACCUGUCCAACAUCUAGAGAGGAGAAUCACCUGUCCAACAUCUAGAGAGGAGAAGCACCUGUCCAACAUCUAGAGAGAGGAGAAUCACCUGUCCAACAUCUAGAGAGAGGAGAAUCACCUGUCCAACAUCUAGAGAGGAGAAACACCUGUCCAAGAUCUAGAGAGGAGAAACACCUGUCCAACAUCUAGAGAGAGGAGAAACACCUGUCCAACAUCUAGAGAGGAGAAUCACCUGUCCAACAUCUAGAGAGGAGAAACACCUGUCCAACAUCUAGAGAGGAGAAUCACCUGUCCAACAUCUAGAGAGGAGAAGCACCUGUCCAACAUCUAGAGAGGAGAAACACCUGUCCAACAUCUAGAGAGGAGAAUCACCUGUCCAACAUCUAGAGAGAGGAGAAUCACCUGUCCAACAUCUAGAGAGGAGAAACACCUGUCCAACAUCUACAGAGGAGAACACCUAUCCAACAUCUAGAGAGGAGAAUCACCUGUCCAACAUCUAGAGAGGAGAAACACCUGUCCAACAUCUAGAGAGGAGAAACACCUGUCCAACAACUAGAGAGGAGAAACUACUGUCCAACAUCUAGAGAGGAGAAUCACCUGUCCAACAUCUAGAGAGAGGAGAAUCACCUGUCCAACAUCUAGAGAGAGGAGAAUCACCUGUCCAACAUCUAGAGAGAGGAGAAUCACCUGUCCAACAUCUAGAGAGGAGAAACACCUGUCCAACAUCUAGAGAGAGGAGAAACACCUGUCCAACAUCUAGAGAGGAGAAUCACCUGUCCAACAUCUAGAGAGGAGAAACACCUGUCCAACAUCUAGAGAGGAGAAUCACCUGUCCAACAUCUAGAGAGGAGAAGCACCUGUCCAACAUCUAGAGAGGAGAAACACCUGCCCGGAGAGAGACAGAGAGAGGGAAAGAGUGAGACGAAGGAGAGAGAGAGAAUCACCUUCCCAACAUCUGAGAGCUAGAGAGAGAGAGAGAGAGAAGGAAAGAGAGAGAGACGGAGAGUGGGAAAGAGAGAGAGAGGGAAGGAGAGAGCAAGGGAGAGAAAGAGAUAAUCACCUUCCCAACAUCUGAGAGCGAGAGAGAGAGAGAGGGGGAGGAGAGAGAGAUGGAGCAUGAGGACUAUGAGAGACACUGUUACAGUGAGAUGUGAAUAUGUUUGUAUGUGUGUGUAAAUGCAUUAGCUGUAAGAAAAACCACCAGCCACCAGGCAACAACAUUUGGGUUAGCACCAACCUUAGCCCUGGACUAGCACCAACCUUAGCCCUGGGCUAGCACCAACCUUAGCCCUGGGCUAGCACCAACCUUAGCCCUGGGCUAGCACCAACCUUAGCCCUGGGCUAGCACCAACCUUAGCCCUGGGCUAGCACCAACCUUAGCCCUGGGCUAGCACCAACCUUAGCUCUGUGCUAGCACCAACUUCAGCCCUGGGCUGGCACCAACCUUAGCCCUAGGCUAGCACCAACCUUAGCCCUAGGCUAGCACCAACCUUAGCUCUGGGCUAGCACCAACCUCAGCCCUGGGCUAGCACCAACCUUAGCUUUGGGCUAGCACCAACUUCAGCCCUUGGCUAGCAUCAACCUUCGCCCAGGGCUUAGCACGAGGCUAGCACCAACUUUAGCCCUGGGAUAGCACCAACCUUAGCCCAGGGCUAGCACCAGGCUAGCACCAACCUUAGCCCAGGGCUAGCACCAGGCUAGCACCAACCUUAGCCCUGGGCUAGCACCAACUUUAGCCCAGGGAUAGCACCAACCUUAGCCAGGGCUAAGGAAGAUUUUAGCCUGAGGCUAAGCAAGUGUUCACACUUGUACAUUCUAAAGUGGGCUAGCACCAAACUUAGUCCACGGCUAGCUGGCUCCUGCUCCGGAGCAGGGUUAGCACAGACUUUUCGGUGUUAGCCCCAGAAACACAGUGCCAAAAUAACGAGUGUGAAACAGGUUCACGAACAACACCUGGAAUGCUUACUGUUCAUUUACAAAAGCGCCACUUUCAUUUAAUUAACAAAUGCCGGUGACGCUCGUGAGGCCUGUAAUGUGUUCUGCACCGUAUUUUAAUUAGUAAAUUCAUACUAUUUCAUCCUUGCAGCUGAGGACAAAAACCCAAAUACUUUCAUCAAUGCAAAAACAAUGCUUGCUCUUGCCUAAUAAAAAUGGUUGCUACUGUAUGCAGGCUGGCUAACUUCUUCUCACUUAGCCAACUAAAGCUACACAUUCUACAGCUAGCAGGGCAGCAAACAAUCCCUUUCCCCCUUUGUUUUCGUAGCUUUUCUAUUGACGUUUAAUUGCAUAUACUGUAUCCAUGAAAAUAAUGUUGCGUGUUUUUCGAUUCGGUCCAAAAAAAAAGUUAAUGUCUCAUUAGUUCACAGCAUUCUCUAUACAGGGGAGGGAUCGAUGUUGGACAAUCAAAUGCUAGGAAAUCAAAUGCUAGGAAAUCAAAUGCUAGGAAAUCAAAUGCUAGGCUAGAAGCAAGAGGAAAUAAUGUGUUAAUCACAGUCUUAUUGCUUAUAGUCUAGCAUGGGGCCAGUCUAGCAUGGGGCCAGUCUAGCAUGGGGCCGGUCUAGCAUGAGGCCAGUCUAGCCCGGGGCCAGUCUAGCAUGGGGCCAGUCUAGCAUGGGGCCAGUCUAGCAUGGGGCCAGUCUAGCAUGGGGCCAGUCUAGUAUGGGGCCAGUCUAGCAUGGGGCCGGUCUAGCAUGGGGCCAGUCUAGCAUGGGGCCAGUCUAGCAUGGGGCCAGUCUAGCAUGGGGCCAGUCUAGCAUCGGGCCGGUCUAGCAUGAGGCCAGUCUAGCAUGGGGCCAGUCUAGCAUGGGGCCAGUCUAGCAUGGGGCCAGUCUAGCAUGGGGCCGGUCUAGCAUGAGGCCAGUCUAGCCCGGGGCCAGUCUAGCCCGGGGCCAGUCUAGCAUGGGGCCAGUCUAGCAUGGGGCCAGUCUAGUAUGGGGCCAGUCUAGCAUGGGGCCAGUCUAGCCCAGGGUCAGUCUAGCAUGGGGCCAGUCUAGUAUGGGGCCAGUCUAGCAUGGGGCCAGUCUAGUAUGGGGCCAGUCUAGCCCAGGGUCAGUCUAGCAUGGGGCCAGUCUAGCAUUGGGCUAGUCUAGCAUGGGGCCAGUCUAGCCCGGGGCCAGUCUAGCAUGGGGCUAGCAUGGGGCUUGUCUAGGGUACCAGUGGGUCUUUCUAUAAACAACAGUACCAGUGGGUCAUUCUAUAAACUAGGGUACCAGUGGGUCUUUCUCUAAACUAGGGUACCAGUGGGUCUUUCUAUAAACUAGGGUACCAGUGGGUCCUUCUCUAAACUAGGGUACCAGUGGGUCAUUCUCUAAACUAGGGUACCAGUGGGUCUUUCUAUAAACUAGGGUACCAGUGGGUCAUUCUCUAAACUAGGGUACCAGUGGGUCAUUCUAUAAACUAGGGUACCAGUGGGUCAUUCUAUAAACUAGGGUACCAAUGAGCAUUUCUUGUAGUUUACUGUUUUGAGCGGUUACAAAGUCAUUAAUAAUGAUUUGCCAUUUAUUUUCAUGUGAAUACAUUAAGAUGUUAUUAAAGGGGGAACAUAGAUACAUUCCAAAUAAUUCAUGAGUUAAAUCAUAACCUGUGUUAAAACCCUUUCUCAUACUUGGAGUCUUCAUGGAUUUUUAGCAAAUAUCAUGUGACACAAAACCCUAUUACACUGAUGAUACUGCUGUUUGUUGUUUUAUCGUAUACUAAGCAUUUUAACAAUUGAUUUACACAUUGACCUUGAUCUUGUGAAAUUCCUGGGUUUUGCUUGUCAGACUCUUUUUAGUGUGGAGAUCUGGGAAGUGCACAUUUAGUAUGUUGUUAUGAUACGGUGUGUGAAAACAGUUUUCACGGACACACAUAUCCAAAACAAUGUAUGUGAUUACAAAAUCCAAUGCUUUUUUUAACAGAAACAGUAACUUGAACAUGAUUAAUAAAAAACAAAAAUCGAUACUGUAAAUAA